AUCGCCCAGCAGCAUCUCAGCCGAGCAGCCGUGCAAAAAUGCACUGAAAUACGCAUCUUAGGACAUUUCCACCCUCUUUCCGUUUGCCAUGAGGGCGUGUGAUGGGAAUAACGGGGAUGUUCGCACCGGAUUACGUCCCUUUAUUUUGAGAGAAAUGCGGAUUGUUUUGUGCUCGAGGUGUUAACGCAGAAAAAAAACUGAAAUACAAAAAUGAAGAAGCAAUUCAAUCGGAUGCGACAGCUCGCCAACCAGACUGUUGGCAGGGCAGAAAAAACUGAGGUACUGAGUGAAGACCUGCUGCAGGUGGAGAAGCGUUUAGAUCUGGUAAAGCAGGUCUCUCAUAGCACACAUAAGAAGCUGACCGCCUGUCUGCAGGGGCAACAAGGCACUGAUUUAGACAAGAGAUCCGUCAAAUCUCCCUCGAAAAAGUUGCCCCUGACGAUACUUGCUCAAUGUAUGGUGGAGGGAGCGGCUGUGUUAGGAGACGACUCUCUUCUUGGUAAGAUGCUGAAGCUUUGUGGUGAGACAGAGGAGAAGCUGGCCCAAGAGCUGCUCAUCUUUGAGUGUCAGAUUGAAAGAGAUGUUGUGGAGCCCCUAUAUGUGCUGGCUGAGGUGGACAUUCCGAACAUUCAGAAACAGCGAAAACAUUUAGCCAAACUCGUCCUGGACAUGGAUUCUGCGAGGACACGGUGGCAACAGUCAUACAAAUCUUCAAGUCACCCUAGUAAUGUGCAGCAGGGCGGCGCUAAAUCUGAUUCCCUGAGAGAGGAAAUGGAGGAGACGGCCAAUCGGAUGGAGAUCUGCAGGGACCAGUUAUCAGCGGACAUGUACAACUUUGUGGCCAAAGAAAUAGACUAUGCAAAUUACUUUCAAACGCUCAUAGAGGUUCAGGCAGAGUAUCACAGGAAGUCUUUGGAGAUUCUGCAGAGUGUGCUGCCACAGAUCAAAGCUCAUCAGGAGGCCUGGAUAGAGAAGCCAUCGUAUGGAAAGGCCCUAGAGGAACAUCUAGCCAUCAGUGGCAGGGAGAUUGCGUUUCCUAUCGAGGCGUGUGUCACCAUGCUGCUCGAAUGUGGCAUGCAGGAAGAGGGUUUAUUUCGGGUGGCCCCCUCGGCUUCCAAGCUGAAGAAACUGAAGGCAUCACUGGACUGCGGGGUCAUGGAUGUGCAGGAGUACUCGGCCGACCCACAUGCCAUCGCAGGGGCCUUGAAGUCUUAUCUUCGUGAACUUCCUGAACCUCUAAUGACCUUUGAACUCUAUGAUGAAUGGAUUCAAGCUUCAAAUAUUCAAGAUAUGGAUAAAAGACUCCAAUCCCUUUUGUGUACAUGUGAGAAACUACCAGCGGACAAUCUGAACAACCUCAGAUAUUUAAUCAAAUUCUUAGCCAAACUCACGGAGCAUCAAGACUCUAAUAAAAUGACGGCAGGUAAUAUUGCAAUAGUUCUUGGACCCAACCUGCUAUGGACACAUUCAGAAGGGAACAUGACGGAAAUGAUGACCACCAUGUCCCUGCAAAUCGUCGGCAUCAUUGAGCCGAUCAUCCAGCACGCUGACUGGUUCUUCCCUGGAGAUAUUGAGUUCAACCUGACAGGCAGCUAUGGCAGCCCGGUCCACACCAACCACAACUCCAACUACAGCUCCAUGCCCUCGCCUGAUAUGGACCAAUCAGAGCGCAAGCAGCAGCAUGACCAGAGCCGACGCCCACUCAGUGUUGCCACGGACAACAUGAUGCUGGAAUUCUACAAGAAGGAUGGCAUUAGGAAAAUUCAAAGUGUGGGUGUCAGAGUCAUGGACACAUCGUGGGUGAAGGGCAAAAGUUCCUCUACACUGACCCGUAAAUCCUCAUCCACGCCUCCCAGUGCACAACCGCCCGGCUCUCCUGCGGACACCCUGAUCACUGAGCAGCCCGGUGAGCUGGCCACAUCUCCAAUCCCCACUCCCCCUCCUGGAGACAGGGGCAGCUCAGACGACGUGUCGCCCAAUCGGCCGGAUUCCUCACAUGUCUAUUCGUCCCACGUGGAGGAGCGGCCACCCCCUCCGUACCCUUCCUCGUCCUCCCAUCCCGGCCCUCACCACUUCUACCCCAAGCCCCCUCCCUGCUCUCGGCCCGUCGCCCCCGGUCCUGAAUCCCAGCCUCCCAGCUCCCCGCCUCCGCCCCUGCGCUGGGCAGGCUUCAGCCCACCCCUACCCCUACCACCCCCGUCUUCUUCAUCCACCUCCUCCUCACUCGAUAUCAAUUCUAAUCCCAAGCCUAGCUGCCUGCACUUUCCCAAACACGUCCCCGUGUGUGACGCGCCGCAUGCCGCUCCGCCUGACCCCAAUGCCUCGCCCCCCUACUUUAAAACCCCUCUCGUGCUGACCCGCCAUGACUUGUCCCUCGGAAACCCCCCUAGCCUCCCCUCCUCCGCCCCACCGCCGUGGGCCGCCUGUCCAUGUGCCCGCGAGAGAGGACCCCCCAGGCUGACUAGCACUCUGAAGAGUAAGGAGCUCUCUCCUGUGAUUGGCCACAAGGCUAUGCAGGCAUCAGGAGCAACAGUGCCCCCUGUCAGCGGUCAGCAGAGCAACAGCCAGUCUCCCCACUCUGCCGAGCACAGCCCCCACACCUUACGUAAUGCCUCUAAGAAACUGGCCCCCGUGCCGCCCAAGGUUCCCUACGGCCAGUCGGGGGGGAUGUCAGACCAAUCCACAGGUCAGCCGUCUCCGGUCAGCCUGUCCCCCACUCCCCCAAGUACCCCCUCCCCAUACGGUUUGGGCUGUCCCCCUGGACACGUGCCCACCUCUUCCCCUGGCCAGACCCCAUUAGGGGGGCCCCAUACGUUGUCCUCACUGCCCUCUCUGACUGGUACACUCACCAAGUCCCGACCCACCCCAAAGCCCAGACAGAGACCCAGUCUACCCCCUCCCCAGCCACCCACCGUCCCCCCUACGGCCCCCCAGCCCCUGGAUCAGGGUCUACUUGACGGAUUGUCCCCCGGGGAGAGCAUGUCCACAGCAGAUUUCUUCAGUUUGGAAAUUCCCUCCAUCAACGUCAAUCUGGACAGCCUGUUGGACGAGUUCAGGGUGGUCCCAUGUCGGAGCUCCUUUGCUGUGAUCAGCUCUCCAGAGGGGGAGUCCGUGUCCGAGGAGGAGGGCCAAAGCACCACGCUUUGACCCCUGAGCCCACCCAGCAGCAUGCCAGCUUCGCCCAGAACCUGUACACUCCUGCUGAGACCCAGCUGGGACCCCACCUUGGCCAAACCCUCAGUCACGGAUACUACAUGAAAGACUCAAUAAGACGCCAACCACACAACAGGUGCCAUAAAAAAAGCAACAGAAUGGAUUUCGUUCAAAUUGCCACUGGAGGAACCUGGAGUUUUGUGUUCCGAUUCCUGUUUCUCUCUGAAUGAUUCUGUCUGUUUGUUGUCGUGUUGUUGGUUUUGUUUGAUUGGAUGUUUUUAUUUCUGCCUUAUCAGAGCUGCAAUUACAAUACAGUGCACAUAGGGAGCGGUCUGCUGACUGUAAAGGAACCUCAUACACUUGCUGGAGGCUUUGAACUGAGACGCACCCUCAU